CGAUGCCAAGCCCUUGGCUCUGAACGUUCCAAACUGUAGCCCUCUUGGUUAAGACCUUCUGGAAGCAGCUGGGGACUUUCUACAGACGCUUUGGAAAUUACAGGUCUCGGCCAAAAUGAGCGAAACUUCUUCCACUAGUUUUUCCGUGAUUCAUCCAACCUCUUCUGAAGGUCAAGGUCCUUCUCCUCGCCAUUUGAGGGUCAUGCAUCCUGUUGUGGCCAAAAAGAUCAGCUUCUACAAAAGCGGAGACCCGCAAUUCGGUGGGGUCAGGGUGGUGGUCAACCCUCGUUCCUUUAAGACAUUUGAUGCUUUGCUGGAUAACCUGUCAAGGAAGGUGCCCUUACCUUUCGGGGUGAGGAACAUCAGCACCCCUCGGGGAAGGCACAGCAUCACACGCCUGGAGGAGCUGGAGGACGGCGAAUCGUAUCUGUGCUCCCACCGGAGGAAGGUGCAGCCGGUGGACCUCGACAAGGCCCGCCGGCGCCCGCGACCCUGGUACAGCAGCCGGGCCAUCAGCACGCACGCGCACAGCUCCCCACCCACCGCGCCCCCCGCCGCCGCUCCCGGCAUGCUACGCGCGCCGCGGAGGCUCGUGGUCUUUAAAAAUGGCGACCCGAAGACGAGGCGCACGGUCGUUCUGAACCGAAGGGUUACCCAGAGCUUCCAGGCCUUCCUGCAGCACUUGAUGGAGGUCAUGCGGUUCCCGGUGACCAAGCUGUACGCCACGGACGGAAGGAGGGUUCCCAGUCUCCAGGCUGUGAUCCUGAGCUCUGGAGCUGUGGUGGCAGCAGGAAGGGAGCCGUUUAAACCUGGAAAUUAUGACAUCCAGAAGUAUUUGCUUUCUUCAAGAUUACCAGGGGCCUCUCAUCAUGUGUAUACCAAGGGAACUGCUAGGUCAGAAAGAAGAAAGAGUAGUAACUGGAAAGUUUCCAUAAUCACCAGUGACUUGCCAAAUUCAGGGACCAGCUCACAGGUUUAUAUUAUACUGUAUGGACAACAUAGAAGUUCAGCGCCUAUAUAUCUUUGUGGAACAGAUGGAGCUCAAUUUCAGGAUGGCCAUGAAGACAUAUUUACUAUCAUGGUUGGGGAUAUUGGAGCACUCUUUAAGAUUCGUAUUGGUCAUACUAACUCUGGACUGUCCCCUUCCUGGCACUGUAAAGAGAUACAAUUGUGGAACAUGAAUUCUGGAAAAAAGUUUUAUAUACCUGUUCAACGAUGGUUAGCACGAGAUCAAGAGGAUGGGGAAAUCUGUCGAGAAUUUCCUGUUUUAAACAAAGGACGACCCAUGCUUCCAGUGACAGUAUACGAAGUGCACGUGGCAACAGGUGAGCUUUGGAACGCUGGAACAGUAGCAAAUGUCUACAUUUCUGUCUAUGGGGAAAAGGGAGAUUCAGGAUCCAGACAACUGUUUCGAUCAAAGAGCUCCUUCAGUUUUUUAAGAGGACAAACUGACACCUUCUCCCUAGAAGCUGUGCACCUUGGGGAUCUAUAUAAGAUUGUCAUAGGCCAUGAUGGACUUGGCCCGGGAAAUGGCUGGUUUCUUGAUGAUGUUGUAAUCAAGGAUCCCACAACAGACCGCGAAUAUGCCUUCUUCUGUCACAGAUGGCUGGAUCAAGGGGAAGAUGAUGGUAAAAUUGCCAGAGAACUGUAUGCCGGGGAUAACAGUAUCAUUUUUGGGCGGAAGAAGCUAGAACUUAGUAGAAAAGAAACAUGGGCUGCAGAAAGAUGGAAGUUUGUGAAAGGAAAUACUCUUCAAUUCUACAACAAGCUCACUGGAGGGUUUGUCCGUCUGCAUCCAGAUGGCACAGUUGAUGCACUUGGAGAGAAGACAGACAAAUACGGUCUCUUUGAUGUUAUUUUCAACAAAGGAAAUAUGUGCAUUUUCCAGAGUCAUGUAAUCAGGCAUCUUUCUCUUGCUGUUGACAACAGCACUGUCACUGGAAUGGCUAGUGGUGGAGCCUGCACUGAGCUGCGAGUGCUUUAUCAGCCCAACCGUUGUGCACUUCUUGAGUCAGCAUUGGUUCCUGGUCAAACGGUUAUUUUUGAUCGUCAUGGCAAAAUAGCUGCUGAAUCAUCAGCAGGCUACGCAGAUCUUUCAAAAGAAUUUGUGGUUUUUGUCAAGGGCGUGUUCCUGAACAGUGCUGUGGUCCUACUUGCUACGAGUCUGUGCCAAGCCCUGUGUCUCCAGCCUGAUGGGAGCUGCACUGGAGUGGGAAGCCAGUCUGAGAAAUCAUACUGGAAAGUGCAUAAAAUCAGCUCUGGUAUUUGCAUGUUUGAAAGUGUGAAAAAUGCAGGGAUGUAUCUGAGGAUUAAGGAUGGCCAGUGUGAUGGAACAGGUACAGGAGAUACUGACUGUCAUUUUAAAAUUAAGAAGAACUUGGAAAAUGCAUCUGUAAGCCUGGAAUCUACGAAAAGCCCGGGGUUAUUUGUUGGACUUGAGUCAGACGGACAGGCAAAACCAGUUAUUUAUACCAAGAAUGGGAAUGUUUUCUUCUAUCCACAAGUCGUCAAAUUUGGCAGAGAAAACCCAAUGGGUAUGUCAGCAACACCCAGCCAAGAGGAGGAAAAGAUCCAUGAGACAAAAAAUCGGCAAGAAACACCAGCAGCAUUUGAGGCCAAGUGUUCCUUACUUUCUUCAACUGCAAAGAGUAACAGAAAAUAGAUGUCUCUUGCUGACAACCUUAUGAUGCUAUCACAUCAAGCAGAGGGAAGAAAAAUUAGCCUUUCGAUUCUUGCUGUUGGAACAGGCCCAGUUUUAUAUUUCCGUGUCGUAUCAUGAAUCCCUGGAACAGUGUGACAAAUCUCACACUGCAUGAGAAACAUGUGCUUAGUUAAAAUUUUUCACAGAAGGAAAACUCAAUCUUGUGUCAGGAAGUAAUGGCACCUAAAUCUGGGAUGGCCACCUCAAGUAAAAUUUGACUUGGUUGAAAAUAACAUACUAGCUGAAAUCCCUAGAAAUAGAUACUUUUUUUAUGAGUAACAAAAUGCUGAAGAGGAAAACUUCUACAUAUCUUAUGAAUAUUUGUGUCUUCUGGCGAAAACAUCUUUGAAAUGUUACCGUUGUUAAAUGUUUUUAAAUUUAAGGUGUACCAUGUGUUGAUUUAAUAUUUUUAUAUAUCGCACUAUACAAUAGAUAUAUAAUACAUGCAAUAUGCAACAGUGCACCUCCAUCACAGUGUGUAAUUAUAUAUUUCUUUUUUGGAAUGAGAAUAAUUGAGAUCUAGUGUAUUCAUAAUUUUAGUGUUUAUAACACAAUAUUGUCACCUAUAGUCACUAUACCUUAGAUCUUCAUGUCUUAUUUACAUACUAGUUGCAAAUUUGUAUCCUUGAACAUCUCUUCUGUUCCCACCCCUGAACUCCAAGCCCUUGGUAACUACCAUUUUACUUUCUGUUUUUAUAACUUGAGCUUUUUUUUAGUUUCCACAUAUACAGGAUCUCAGAAAGUAUUUAUCUUUGUCUGACUUAUCUCACUUGGCAUAAUUUUCUCAAGGUCUAUCCAUGUUGUUGCAAACGGAAGGAUUUCCUUCUUAUGGCUUUCACAUCUUCCUUACCCGUUGAAAUGCUGCUGGGCACUUAGAUUGUUUCCAUAUCUUGGGUACUAUGAAUAAUGCUGCAAUAAACAUGGAAGUGCAUAUAUCUCUUCAGUAUCCUGUUUUCAUUUCCUUUGGAUACAUACUCAGAAGUGGAGUUGCUGGAUCAUAUGGUAGUUCUAUUUUUAAUUUUUUGAGGAAUCUCCAUGCUGUUUGCCAUUGUGGUGCUACCAGCUUAAACACCAGUGGUGCACAAGGGCUCCCUUUUCUCCAUAUCCUCCUCAACACUUAAUCUCUUGUUUUCUUGAUGAUAGCCAUUCUUACUCGUAUGAGGUGAUAUCUCAUUGGUCUUGAUUUGAAUUUUCCUGAUGAUUAGUGAUAUUGACCAUCUUUCCAUAUACGUGUUAGCCAUUUGAAUAUUUUUUGGAAAAAUGUCUAUUCUUCUGUCCAUUUUGUAAUCAGAUUGUUUUUCUGUUUUUGAGUGGUAUCAGUUCUUUGUAUAUUUUGGAUAUUAACCCCUUAUUUGAUACCAUUGUUAAAUUUUUAAGGAUUGGGAGGUAUAAGUUUUAGAAUAAAGCUAGAAAGAUUGAGUAAUUUUCAAAAAUGAUGAAAUUAGACCUCAUGAUAAAUAUAAACUUUUUCAAGUCAUUCUUUCAUGUAAUGAAUUAUCAAAUAGGAAUUUUGUGCUUACCAAAUGUCAGAUGUCAGGCAAUACAGUGAUAGACAAAACAGACUCAGUCUCUGACUUCUUGGAGUUUACACUUCAUCGAGCCAGGUAAAUAUUAAACAAUCACACAAAAAUAUAAAGUUAAAAACUGAUACAUGAGAUGUGGGAAACAUUCAGGGCAUGCUAGACACAAAACAAAAUUUCAGUUAUUAAUUCAUUUAUAAAAAGACUUGCAAGUCCUUUUUUUGUUUGUUUGAAGUUUUUAUUUAAAUUCCAGUUAGUUAACAUACAGUAUGAUAUUAGUUUCAGGUGUACAAUAUAUUGAUUCAACAUGUCCAUACCCCACCUGGUACUCAUCACAACAAGUGCACUCCUCUGAUAAAGGGUUAGUAUUCAAAAUAUAUAAAGAAUUUAUAGAACUCAACACUCCAAACAUGAACUAUACAAUGAAAGAGUGGGCAGAAUAUAUGAACGUUUUUCCAAAGAAGACAUACAGAUGGCCAACACACACAUGAAAAUAUGCUCAACGUAACUCAUCAUCAGGGAAAUACAAAUCAAAACUACAAUGAGGUAUCGUCUUACACCUGUCAGAAGGGCUAACAUCAACAACACAAGAAGCAGGUAUUGGCAAGGAGAGAGGGGAACCCUCUUGCACUAUUGGUGGGAAUGCAAACUGGUGUGACCACUCUGGAAAAGCGUAUGGAGGUUCCUCAAAAACUUAAAAGUAGAACUAGCCUGUGAUACAGCAAUUGCACUACUAGGUAUUUACCCAAAGAAUACAAAAAUACUGAUUCAAAGGGAUACAUGCACCCCAAUGUUUAUAGCAGCGUUAUCUCCAAUAACCAAAUUAUAGGAACAGCCCUAUUGUCCAUCAACUGAUGAGUGCAUAAAGGAGGAUAAAGAAGAGCAUAUGUGUAUCCACACAUACACACAAUGGAAUAUUACAAUACUACUCAGCCAUCAAAAAGAAUGAAAUCUUGCCAUUUGCAGCAACCUGGAUGGAGCUAGAGACUAUUAUGCUAAGAAAAAUAAGACAGUCAGAGAAAGACAAAUACCAUAUGACUUCACUCAUGUGUGGAAUUUUAGAAACAAAACAAAUGAGUAAAGGGGAAAAAAGGAGAGAGAGGGAAAACAAGAAAAGGACUCUUAACUGUAGAGAAUAAACUGAUGGUUACCAGAAUGGAGGUGGGGGGAAUGGGUUAGGUAGGUGUAAGUCCUUUGUUGUAGUUAAUGGUGAUAUAGGAGAAAUGGAGAGUGGGCCAAAAACUGAGAAAAGGGAGACUGAACUUCAUUUGUUAAUGCGCUAUUUAAGUCACUGACAUGGCACAGACACUGGACAUGAAAUCCUGGAAAUUCAGAUGGUAAAGCUCUCCUAAUGCAAAUGCCGUUUGCAAAAUCCCCGUGAUUUGUUUGAAUGCUGCCUUCGCGGAUUGUAGUAGAAAUGGCUUUUAUACGUCGAUGACUUUAAUAGGAAAAAAUAUCUUCACGUAUGACUAUUACCUAGAAGGUUCCCAUUCAUUACUGAGUAAUGAAAUCACAACUGUCUUCUUUCUACCUCUCAAACAUCCGUAGUACUUAAAAGGUGUUUCUUGCCAGAAAUACCUUCCUUUUGGUUUUGCAAUUUAGCUGUCAUGCUAGAUGGAUUUGGGUUACAUUAGCCAUUCAUAUUAAAAUAUAUGUUAGUUGGAAAAUAAUUCAGCAAAGUUAUUUCAUGUUUUAAAGGUAUCAAAAGCAACUAUCCGCUCCUGAAGAAUGAGAUUAUGGUUGUCAGUCUACUCCAGGAUAGGGCAAGUUUUAAAGAGUUUGAGGAUUAGGUAUUAUAGAUAAAAUAAACCUGUCCUCUGUAUUCAAGACGCUUGCUUAUUAAAAAGAAAAUGGAUGUUUUUCUCAUCUACAUCAGAGAGAGACAGAGAUUUAGAACUUCUAAAACUACAUAUUCAAUAGAUAGUACUUUUUUUGUAGUAAAUAGAGGUGUAAGGCCAUUAAAUUUGCAAGAUUUUCCUUUAGGGCUAAGUUGAAUUUUAAUAUUA